AUCAGUUUGUAAACGGACGUCGUACGCAAAGGAAUAGGCCGAAGCCCGUACGUGUGCGGUAACAGAAUCGUAACAGCACCGUUCGACGAGAUUUCGUGUCGUGACAGUCCCCGUGUUGUUAUACCAAGAGGGUAUGCAAAGACCGUUCGUUAAGAAGGAUAAAUUAUCACGUGAAGUUAACGUUGGUUGGAAGCAGGUUCACUACUAGUGUGUUUACCAAAACAAAGCAAAAAAUUAAAACUUAAAGUGAAAAAUUAUUCUACAAAUCAUUAAACACCGGAAACGACUUGAAAUCAGUGCUUAUAUUAUCGCAGUUUUUGGGUUGUUGGUCGUUUGGAACUCAACCAUCGUCUCCCUCGGCACAUUACGCUGCCGGCCGCCAACAACCAUAGUGUUCUGAAGCGUUCAAGGCGGAAGUUUGAUCGUUGAAGCGUUACCGGAAUCCCCCUUCUACCAUCGUCGUCCCACAACGCUACAAUGCACGGCAACAGUUUAAAAACGCAAAGCAAAAGCAUGCUAAAGGUUCGUCGCUAGACCAGAUACCGGUGUCUCUAUGUGGUGUGUGUUCUGGUUGCCCUGUACCCGACUGUGGUGUUUGUGGUAAAAAAUUUAAUACUCAUGCGACACAGAAUCGAACACAACGCAGGUUGUUCAGUGAAAAAUUGUGUUACUUUUUAGUGGCUUCUCUCCGUUCCGGGCGAGCCGCAUGAACAACAAGUUCAUGUAAAACAGGUGCGGUGAAACAAUUACCACUUGUGCGCGUUGUUGCUGUCCAAAGCAAGACGAGCUGGCGCGAAAAAAGGCGCAGCUCACCUGCUCCCUGUGCAAAGACGUGAGUGUGCGUGUGUGUCUGCGUGUGUCUCGCGUGUAUUUAACGCCAGUACGCAAAUUCUCCGGGAAGAAAAUAUGUGCCAAAUAAUAGUGUGUUUUGGUGUGCCCGAUUGGUCCUAAGGUCACGUAAGCGCAAGGGAAGGGAAAAAUCGACCAACGGCGCCCAAACAUCGACCAACCAAGUCGCGAGCGGGCGCAAGUGUUCAAUGAAGUGUGGCCGAUUGGUUUGUUUGGCUGGUGCAAGUGUACCAUUGUUUCCAUGACUACCGGUGUGGUUCGGUUCACCCAGGAGCAGGUCCAAUUUCGCGUAUUGUUGUGUUCGUCGCCAUCGACACCGACGAAACGGCUCGGCCAGCGGUUCAUUACAGCGCGAUUAUAUAAGUGAAAGUGUAAUGCUCCCCAGCUUUCCCGCUUCCGAAUUUCUGUAACUCUGCGCUACGGUUUCCACAGAACAGCCCGCACACACCAGCCAGGGCUGCUGGUGAAGGAGGAGUUCUUAUCGAUCGGGCGCCCGUAACGUUCGGCGCAACCAAAGCAACCGAAAUUAUGGCCAACCGCUGACUUGAAACCCCUGCCACCUUGCCACGACCCCUGUGGCCUUCCGCUGAGCAGUAGUAUUUUUGGCGUACAAGUUUCAAGUGUGUCCAAAGUCUAAAGAGUGUGCGAAAAGGGCGGCCAUUUCGGGAGUCCUUGCGUGAGCGAGCCUAGUAGUGUGUUGGUCCAGUGCACAGUGUAGUAGUGAAACUUUCUGACCCACAAAACCAUCACCGCAAACCGGGGACCUUAACCCUUGGAGUAGUGACGUUGGAGCUUGAGUCUCCGCAAGGCAACCGCCGUAUCGAUUUCCUAGGCGAAGAAAUUCCUCACAGACCGGAACACACGAUGGCAAGAACAUUAGCGCUUCCGGUGCUGCUGCUAGUGUCGGUGGCAUCGGUGCUGAUAUUCGGCGUACCGUACGCCAGUGGCGCAUCAUCGAUCACGGUCGAAAAGUCAGCGUACAAAAACGUCGUCAUCGAGAUCCGGGAUAACGUCCCGGUGGACAACUGCCAAACGAUACUGCAAAAUCUAGAGAUUAUGCUAACGUCCGCAUCGCAGUACCUCUUCAACGCACUCGACAGCCGGGUGUACUUCGGCGAAGUGUCGGUAAUCCUGCCGAACCAUUGGCCCCAGUCCUGCAUCCCCUACAACCAAACGCGCACUUCGGCGAGCGGUGAAACGGCGGACGUCACCAUCCGACCGCACACCAAGGCCGAACCCUCGAUCUGGACGCAACAGUACGCCGGGUGCGGUGAGUCGGGCGAACAGAUCUACGUCGACCCGGAGAUACUGGGCCGUGAGACAAUCUGGCGGGAGUUUAUCCGCGAGUGGGCCAAGUACCGGUACGGUGUGUUUGAUGAGAUCGGGUACGAUCGCGAUCCGGUCUAUCCACGGUGCUACAUUAACGACGAGCACAAGGUCAAGCUGACGGGCUGUUCCGAUGCUCCGGUCAACGAUGAGGGGCUGUGCGGUAGCCCGUCCUCUCCCGUGCCGGUCCCGUACAACAUUAGCCGUGUGUUGGACCCGAACGCACGCACCAGCAUCAUGUUUGCAGCAGAAUCCAAGAGCGUUACCAUGUUCUGUGACGAGGGCACACACAAUCGUUACGCACCGACAAAGCACAAUCAGAUGUGCGAUCGGCGUAGCACGUACGACGUGAUACUGAAGCACUCGGACUUUGCGCCGCAAAAUCAGAUGGAGUUUAACCCUUCGGUGAUCAUUAACACGGUGCCAAAGUUUAGCUACAAAUCGCGCAAGCUCACCCGCUACGUGAUCGUGAUCGGGCAGACGUUUGUGAUGCGAGAACGGGAAACGUGGAGCUUCCUGCGCCGUGCCAUACGUAAGUGGAUCGUGUACGAUCUGCCGGCCACCAAGACCGAGAUCGGUAUCGCACUGGCAAACGAUACGGCGACGUACGAUAUGCUCCCGAUCACCUCGCUGCAGAUCGAGAAGAACAAGGACCGCAUCGCUUCCUUCAUCCCGUACACAUCGAGCGAUCUGAACCGGCCGACGUGUCUAAGCUGUGGCAUUUCCGACGCCAUCCAUAUGUUGAACGAGCAGACGCGCCAUCACGGACCAGCGAACUCGAUCAUUCUGGUGAUCGCACCCGGCAUGGACAUUGAGCACGAAUCGUUGGCACGCUCGGCACGUGCCUCCAAAAUUCGUAUCGCCACUAUCAACUACCCGAUCGUGGAACCGAGGCGUCCACUAGACCCGUUGGCGCACGAGACCGGUGGCAGUGCGUACUCCGUGUUUGAGUGUCGUGACAAUUCGGAAAAAUCGCUCGUCACCACGUACUUCGAGCUGUCGAACGCCCUGUACAACAUCGGCAAGCUGUACUACGAGGGCAAUCGGAACGAGUUCCCGGUGGAAAUUUUCCGCCGUGUGCUGGUCGACUCCGUGGGUGAAACCAACGCUGCGCUGCGAAGCCGCACCGUGACCGGGAACUUUAUGCUCGAUCCGUUCAUGGGCCCACCGGCCGAGUUUUUCAUUUACGUGCACAACUCGGAAAAUCCGCUUGUGUCGAACGUGCGCCUGACGAACCCGAACGGCAUCGUUUACUCCUCGAUGAGCGAUGCGCGUGCUUCGGUGCGGCAACUGUCCCUCCUGUCCACGAUCAACGAAACCGGCAUCUGGAACUAUUCGAUCGAACGUUUCCAGGGCACUCCGCAACCACACUAUGUGCAAGUGAUCGCUACACCUCGCUCGAAAUACGCGCCAGUUAUAACGGCACGAGCCUGGGUACAUCGGAGCAAGGCCGGCGGUCCGAUCGUACUGUUCGCGGAGGUGAAAAAGGGAGAUCUGCCCGUAGUGUCGGCACAGGUCGAAGUCACCGUUACCAAGCUGGAACGCAUUUGUGAACGCUUCCGCGAACCAACGGUGCAGAGUGAUGAACGGUUCCUGCUGCUGGACACUGGUGCUGGGGAUCCGGAUAUCACCAAGGGUGAUGGAGUCUACUCGCGCUACUUCAAUGCAGAUGAAUUCGGAGGUCCCGGAACGUACCAGCUAGAGGUUACGGUCAGCGAUCGCGGCAACACGGCCUACACGCUUGCGGAUGGUGCCAGUUACACCGCGACGUCUAACGCGCAACCGGGACGUUGCUGCGGUAGUUCGGUGCCCAUUCCCCAGAAGCAAUCGCUAGAUUCCUUCGAACGCAUUCUCCCACCAAUGACGGUGUUCGUAAGCCAGGCGGAUCUGAUCAACGCCGCCAAGGUGCCGGCCGGUCGUAUCAGUGAUCUUAGUGCGGACGUGGAAGGUAUGAAGGUGCGGCUUAGCUGGACCUCACCGGACAUGGGAGGAAAGAAUGUGGCCCGGUACGAGGUAAAGUAUGCCACCACGAUCAAGGACAUCGUGGACAACUUUGACACGGCCGCCGUCCUGUGGCAUCACGACACACCGUUCACGUUCUCCAUCGGCGAAGGUAGCGAGUUCACCAUGAACAUUACGCACGAGCCGCAUCUGUUCGGCCAGAUCCUGUACUUUGCCGUGCGGCCGUAUGCAACCCUCACCAAGGACGCCGAACCCGGACCAAUCUCGAACUACGUCCGUGCGUUUGUGACGAAACCGAAGCCGACGACACUGUACCCACCGUCCAGUACGGGCGGCACGGAAAGCUACGACUCCAUCUGGUCGUCCUAUGAUGGGAUUGCCAAGAACGGUGACGACAGCAUGGACAUUAUUCCGCGCAUCGCCAAAAGUAUGGACCUUGGACCAGAGCUGCUGCUGCCGAUCAUUGCCGGUAUCAUACUGCUGAUCGCGCUCAUCCUCAUCUACUGCUGGUUCUGCGUGAUCAAGAAACGGCACGACACACACGAUGACGAGCAGAAGAAGCCAAUCAAAUCGUUUAAGAGCGACACAAAACUCACCACCAGCCAUAGCGUGAUCGUAACGGCCGCCGGUAACGGUUCGUCACCGUCCUCGAACUCUACAACGUCGUCCUCGUCCUCACCUAACCACCAUCAGUCUGCCAAUCACGGUGGGCAAACGACACUUCCCCAGUCCAAUUCGUACGAUAUGGGGCUGGGUGAUCAUCAGACCGUCGGCAUCCCGACCAUCUACAACAUCGACGACGAUGUGCUGCUGGCCAAGAAGCGGUACAGUGCCGUCAUCAACAUGGGCCCACCGACACACCCGAUGGAGCAGCAGCUGAUCGAGGAGCUGAAGCAGCAGCAGCACAUCAUCGACACGCAGUCCUUCAUCAUGCCCAACCACGGCGGUCCCACGGCCAACGGUACGAUCGGGCCGAACAACAACAACAACAAUUGCAGCGUUAGCAUCAUUUCGACCACCUCCAACAACACGACGCUAACGCGCACGUACAAUCCGAACUCGGCUGGCACGAUCAUGGUCGGCGGCCGUACCCUCAGCCCGUACGAAUCCUGGUCCGCUUCGCAACUGCUGCAGGAGCACGAACAGCAACACCAGCGACGCCAUAGCCCCACACUUAUUGACGAUCUCAUCGACAAUAACGUGCAGCAGCCGUUCUACAACCCUGGCCAACAGGUACAGCAGCUUCACCCGCAGCACGCCCAUAUGCUGGGCCAACCGGGCACGGACCAGAUGUCGCUGCUGAACAACAACCAUCUGAACGAGAACGGUUCGCCACCGGUUCCACCGCUACCGAUCUACACUACCAGCCCGAGCGUUGGUGCCUCGGCAGCGGCUGUCGGCAAUACGACCUCGUACGUGUACGGCCAGAGCCAUGGGUCGUCAGUUAGUUCGGUCAACAGUGGGCUUGGCCCGAUACCGAACGGUGGUUCCACGAUAAGCGGCACAGACACGAAGAAGCGACGCAAUGUCACCAUGGUCUAAGAUGGUGAGCAACGCAUCUCCAGGAACCCGAGGGUUUGGGGAUGGGCUGAGCGCGCCAGACCGCCACAGACACAGAGACUCUACCCUUUUCCAAAGAAUACUGUGCCCCGAUCGUGUCCCGUGUCGUGUCUCCCGUUGAACAAACCCACCAAUAAAGUUUGUGGCUGCGCGUCUGAGCUGUGGCGGCUGCCCGUGCCCGCUUCCCAAAACGAACGGCCGCCCGGAUUCGCGAUUCCCGAGUGCGGUACUCGUACAGUGCGAACUAGUCAACCAGAUCAAGGAGGAUUUCGUUAUUUUGGAUUUUGUUUUACACGAUACGUUUCAGUUUGAGCACUACUUUAAGUUUGUACACAAGUUAGAUAUUCACCACAACCUGGCUGGUUGGAUUUUCUUUCCGUUUCGGAUAAGUUUUAGCAUGGUAGAAUUUAAGCUUCAGACGUGGUCGAGUGGUGUGAAACUAAUCUCAAAAUGCUCAACUCACUUGCAGGUGAGAUGAAUUGUAGAUAAAUCAAUACGGUGGCAUUAGCGAAACGCGACUAACCGUUCGCGCAUAAGUACAUCAAAGAUCAAAACCGAACAAAAAAUGCGGAGCGCGGUUCGUGUGGUAGGAAACCAAAUGAAGCAAAUACUGCGAUCGACGCGUAAUUACAAUAAACUACAGCCAAGAGGCCAGAAACGAUCGGGAGGAACGAACCACGCUCGGAUGUGGAUGAGCAUUUGUGAGGCAAACUCUUCUAGGUGUAAACUACAGUGUGGCAUUAAUGAAUGAAACGAAAUCUUAAGUCUGAUGUGUGGUGUUGUACGAUAUGGAUGUUGUUGUCCAUAAGGGCAGCAGUAUCCAAAUGGCCAGUACGCCGCGGCGCGUUUAUAGAGCGUGAAAUGAAUGUGGAGGGAGGACGUUUGCUUUCGAUGCGAUGUUGUUCUUUCAAUAGUUUUGCAACACUAAGAUACAGUGUAAGGGACAGAUUUAUAAGCGUAGCAUUGAAGUGAGGGAAUUAAGUGAUUAAGGAUAGCAAGCAUAAGGCAUACGCACACCAGGCGGAAUGUGAGCUGUACAUAGAAGAGUUGGAAUGAUAAGAGAACGUGGCACGAUUGUCAAAAUGCUGUGUACAUGGAACGACUAAGGGACUAAGAAAGGCUAUCGCUAGUGAAAGGUAUGGUGAGCACGUGAUUGAUAAAGCUCGUGAAGUGACUCAACUUUAACUUCGCCUUCGCUUGAGAAAGGUGAAAAAAGGAAAGCUAAACCAUAAGUACACGAAAUUGGUCUGUGUAUGUGUGUGUGUGCAUGUAUGUAUGUGUGUGUUUCUGAUAGGUAUGAAAAACAAGUAAAAACAAAACUGAAAAGUAAAGCUUUUGAGGCAGCCUGGCAGACGAGGCCAGACUGUCCUUAAAUAAACUAACAAGUGACAAACUCCUUAACAAAAACCGAACAAAACACUAACGAAAACCAAUGUUAAACUAUAAAGAAUCUCUAGAAACAGAAUCUAUCGACGUAUAUAUCUAUAUACUAAAAAAAACAUUUAUAUCUUUUUCAGUUCCCAAUCGAAACACGGUGCACUUUGCACAGACUUGCUAAAAACAACACACUCAAUCACACAACAGCGAUAUUGAGCAUAUGGUCGAAAAUGGAAAGGAUAUUGGCGGAAAAGGGCAACUGUUGUCAACUUUGAAGAAAAACAAAAACAAAUCUCAUUAGGCUUAAGUUCCUCCGUUGGAACGUUUUCUGAGUUUGUAAGAUUGCAAAACAAACCGAAAAAAAACCGAAACGCUGAUUGUUUAGUUUCACGAUUAUGUUUAAGGGGCAUAAGUUUAUUUUAUUUUGUGCAUACGUUUUAGCAACCGUUUUAAAGAAGAAACUAAUAAAAACUGAAGAAAUGUAUCAUUUUAAA